AUGUCGAUCCUCUGGGUGAUCGACACGAAGUGCGGUACAGGAGCCUGCAAUGGCUAUCUCGGUAGCGCUUACACUAGACGCAAAUAUGAUGCUUCAAAAUCUUCAACGGUCUCCCCGUAUCGAAACACUACAGAUCUUCAGUACCCUUCUGGAUGGUUGACGGGACCAGUCGUGAAGGAUACCGUUUCUUUCGCCGGUGAUAUUUUGUUUACAGGUUCGAGUAUUGAGCAACAGGGACUCGUUAAUGCUGCAGACGUCUCAGAUGCUUUUGCUUUCAUGCCACUCGACGGCUACCUCGGGCUUUCGUGGCAGCAAUCGGUUGACGUGGCCAGAUCACCAAUGGAGAACCUUCUGCCAAGCCUCGACGCACCGAUCUUCACCGUCUGGCUUGAUAGAAAACUUAAUGUGUGUACCGGGGGCGAUGGCGGAUUGGUCACCUAUGGAGCCAUAGACACUACCAACUGUGAGUCGGAAAUCAACUAUGUUACUCUGUCCGCCGAAGGUUGUCGGCAAUUUCCUAUGGAAGGCUUCUCUAUUGGAAGUUUUACUCAGAGACAGAAACAAGAUGCGAUCUCCGACACUUCCAGCUCGUGGAUCGGAACGCCAUUCAGGGCAAUGAACGAAGUGGUUAGUCAGACAGGUGCCCUAUUCGACUACGAGAAUGAAAUGUACACUGUUAACUGCUCGACGAUGAUGGAACAACCAGAUUUGGAGUUUACCAUAAAUGGCAUAAAAUACAUUGUACCAUCCAAGGAGUACGUGGUUGAUAUUGAACUCGGAGAAGGAAAGGCAAUAUUCACUGCCAUUUUUUACAACGCCUGUGAACGAAGUGGAGACGGUGCUGUACAGGAGCUAGAUGUUGAGGAGGACGGAACUGAAAACUGGAAGAAUACCUAA